UAUGCUUGUUCUACAAUUUACAAAGAAAGUGCCAAAGCUAGAAACGCACCUCCAGAAAUACAGCAACUAGAGCCGGCUGUUUAUACUGUAUCAAGUGCUUGUGGCACCUGGCAUGUAGUUUCAGAGAAAACUUGCAUAUGCAGGUGCACCACUUUUUCCAGGAUGAGGCUUCUUUGUCGGCACAUUCUGGCUGUGUAUGAAAGAACUGGUGCUAUGCCUGACCUGUCCAAAGUUGUCAAACCACGAUGGUUCAAGUUUUAUCACCUCAGAGUCAUGGCUGCUGACAACAAUGCUGAAGAGAAUUGUGAUACAUCACAAGAAAGCAUGUAACUACUAACUAUGCCAAGGCCAGCAUUUCAUAAAUUGAGCAGAACCCAACUAUUCAAUCAUGCGAUGAGGACACUGAAGGCAAUAGAAGAUUUCCUUGCUGACUCUCCGCGUGAGGUCUUUGCGGGCCGACUUCAAAUUCUCGAGAAUGUUCAUGCAGAAUGGCUUACAGAAACGUCCUCAGGUUCUGCUAUACACGUUGAGCAAACUAAAGCUAACCAGCAAACCAGCAGAGCUGACUCCUCUGUGCUGCCACAAGCCCCUUCAACUCUGCCACAAGAACCUUCCACUCUGCCACACGCAACUUCAAUGCCACCACAAGCGCCUUCUAUGCUGCCACAAGAACCUUCCAUUCUGUCACAAGCAGGUUCAAUGCUGCCACAAGCCCCCUCCAGCGCCUCACAGUUCAGACUUCCACUUGCGAAGCCGAGAGGGUGCCCGAAGUGCAAGUCUGUGCAAAGAAGCAAAAUGCCAAGGCAACUGUCUGAAAUGGCUGCAACACCAUUUGUGCAGCUGGGUGAGAUUGCUCAACAUAAGCUCCUCCUGACCGAAAUUGUGGGGGAGGCUACUGCCAGCAAGGUGCUAGACCAUGGCUACAUCAUUGAUGAGGCCGAUGUUGAAGUACUGCCAGAGUUGCUCCCAAGUGGACUUUUGGAUUAUCGAGUUAAGAUGCGGCAACUGCUGCCGUACUUUUCGGACGAUGCCUGGCUGCUACUUACAUCUGCAGGUAAUUUUGAGAAAGCAAGUGAAGUGUGCUGCCUCUCCUAGCAAACAUAUUGCAAUACCGUUUCCCUCACGGUCCCGCUAAAAUGUGUCCCAAUGUCAUUUCAGUUUCUACGAAGAAGAAAAACGAA